CUUACGUUUGUUCCCGGUUUACUUCGCAUUUUCUAUGGGUAAUUCUUGCUCUUCCUGUUUCGGAUCACCAAAGGCUCCGACCCCACCCCCAGUUAGCAGUAGUAAACCCGUAAUAGGGCCUAAGUCCCCUGGGCCUACUGCUACUGUGGCUGACACCCUCAAGGUGGCUUCUCCUUCUAAGAAGCCCGUGGAGAGUGUAUCGGAGGUCACUGCCACCAGCGUCGCUGCGGUAUUGCCGUCCAGGAAGAGGGAGGCUGAGAGCAGCCCCGUUCCGACCCCAGCUACCUCUGCUGCAUCUACCCCUGGGCCAAAGCCGACAUCGGUCGAGAAGCGUCAGGAGCAGGUGGUUAUGGACACUGUAGUUACUCAAGUGCCCAAGGCUGCUGUACAAUCAGCUUUUGUCACGUCCCAUACUGGAGGGAAGGUCGAUGAGUCCCCCGUGGCCAUUACACAGGCCGAGGGAGCCCCUGUGACCACUACGAAGGUCGAGGAAGUUCCCAUGGCCACUACGAAGGUCGAGGAGGUUCCCGUGGCCACCGCAAAGGCCGAGGGAGCCCCUGUGGUCACCGCAAAGGCUGAUGAGCCCCCUGUGGUCACCGCAAAGGUCGAGGAGGCCCCUGUGGCCGCUACGAAGGUCGAGGAGGCCCCGGUGGCCGCCACGAAGGUCGAGGAGGCCCCUGUGACCACUACGAAGGUCGAGGAGGCCCCGGUGGCCGCUACGAAGGUCGAGGAGGCCCCGGUGGCCGCUACGAAGGUCGAGGAGGCCCCGGUGGCCGAUACGAAGGUCGAGGAGGCCCCGGUGGCCGAUACGAAGGUCGAGGAGGCCCCGGUGGCCGAUACGAAGGUCGAGGAGGCCCCGGUGGUCGCUACGAAGGCCGAGGAGGCCCCGGUGGUCGCUACGAAGGCCGAGGAGGCCCCGGUGGCCGCUACGAAGGCCGAGGAGGCUCCGGUGGUCGUUUCUACUGAGAAUGAGGCGUCAGCAACUAUUACCGCGUCGAUGCCCGAGCUUUCUGCGAAGAAGGCCGAGGUUGAGGUGGAAGUUGAGAAGGAUGUGACGGAGAAGCUCUCUGCGCAUGAUGCCGAAUCCAGCCCUGAGACGGUGCCGCCUCACACUAAGGUUGCCUCCUCUAGUGAGCCUGAGCAAACCGAGAGGUUGAUGGAGGCUCUUGUCCAGAACAUACAGAGGAAGCAAGCUGAGCAGCAGAUACGACAACUACUCUACAGUCAAGUCCAGCAGCAGGCCGCUACCCAAGCUAAGGAGGAGAAGUCAUCUGGGAAGAAACAUCAUCAUAAUAAGGCUGGAGGGGAGUCGGAGGGCAGCCCUGAGAGGUCAGCUACUGUUGGUCAGUCUUCCAGGAAGGGCAAGCAGAGCCAGAAGGAACGUAGGGCCAAGCAGAAGGCGGCUAAGGCGGCCAGGAGAGUCCUAUGA